CACUCUUGUAUAAUAACACACAAUUUCUUUUUUACAGCUAUCAGUGUGGAUGGGAUGGACAAGCGCAGAUACCAGUGCCCAGAUAAUUUCAUCCGGCUAGCCAACAGCUGUUACUACCUGAGUGUUUAUAUGGACACAUGGCGAGGGGCUCAGUUUACGUGUCAAGACAUGAAUGGCAGCCACCUCGCUACGCCAGACAGAAAGUGGAAAGAUCGGAGGCUCAAGAAACUCCUCAGCAUGGAAAUGGCAGCACGUCUAGAAAGGUGGAUAGGUGGCAUCUUUGACUGGGGACGACACAAAUGGGUCUGGGGAGCAACUGGCCGGCGUAUCAAAUAUCAGGGAUUCACGAGGAAUUCGAAUAAUGAGAACGAGUGGCACUGCAUCGCCAUGGACCCGGUACUACUUUAUCGUUGGAAAUCGGAGAGCUGCGUCAAACGCAAACACUACAUCUGCGAGUUACCUCUACGCAACAUCGGAGCCAAGCCCACCGACAUCUACCCUAGGCGACGUAAGGGACACCGGAGGAGGAAGGGGCACAAACGGCGCAAGAACCGUUUCAACAAGGAACCAAACAGUAUUCUGUAAAUAACUUAUCUUCUUUAAGUUGGAACUUUGUUUCUGACUUGCAGAUGAAAAUGACUACCAUUGGACGGACAAACUAUGGAUUUAUUUGAUUCCUUGAGAUCUGUAACAAUCUAAAAACAUAUGCAGUGUUUUUUUUUUUUUAAGUUGCCAUCUUGAAUUCCCUCAACAAUAAUUAUGGUAAACUGACACACAAAGUCAUAUACUAUCGUUUGUUAAUGAUGUUCAAACAAGAUUACCACAAAGUAGUUGCUAGUUUAUCAAUGUUUUAGUUAAUGUUUGGAACUUUGCUAUUAGUUCCUGCAUAUACUGUAUUGAAUCAAUAAGCACGAAAAGAAAAGAAAAAUAAUUAUAACUCUGCUAACUAUAAGAAAAAGAGGUAACCAAAACUAAAAUACUAAAAUGGCAUACCUAUUCUGUAAAGA